CUGCUGGUGCUGCUGGAAAGAAAAAGGUUUUAUUUUUGACAGACCAAAAGCAGACCGAUGGCUGGGGCUCCUGGUUUCAUUUGGGUCCCCCUCCUGCUCGCCUGCACCUUUCAUGCAUCGGACAACAGGCACGUUGUUACCCAGGAAUUUGUCAGUGAUGUUGGAAACCCCGAGCUUUCCCAGUUCCCAAUAACCUUACCAGAUGGAACUGACCUCAAUAUAACGUCAAUUAAAAUAAAACUUUGCUCUGGAAUGGCAGAACAAAUAUCAUCUCUGAAUGCGCAGCUUCAGGAAACAGGUGUUCGUAACAGUCUUCUCGGUGACGAGGCUCUCUGGCUGAAGAGAGAGGUCGCUCAGCUGAAGCAGAGACUUGACUUCUGCAACUCUGCAGCAUACUCCGUUGCCGGCUCUUAUCAGGCCCAGCUGCAGAUCAAAAUGAACCAGCUGCUGGAGGUGUAUGACGGCGAAGCAUUCCAGAUACUGAAAUUAAUGGCGCUCACUAGAGAGGUCAGCGCUUUACAGAAGAUGGUUGAACGCGGGCCUAGUUCUACUGAAACUCGUACUGAAUUCAGAAUUCUGCAGAGAAAUCUGCAAGAGAAGACCGCUGAACUGAAUGCAAAGACACAGGAAUUGAAGAGGAACCAGCCCAACUCAGCUCUCAUUUUACAGAUAAUCUCCCUACAAAGUCAGAUCUGGGACUUACAGCAAGCGGGGUCAAGACAGGAAACCGCCCUUCAGACGGAGAGGAAGAUUCAGGAUUUACAAGAACAACUCGACAGCAAGAUCCGCGAGCUGCAGGGCAAAGGAGACACCAUCACAACCGUGCUGGAGGUCAUUUCUGUGCGGAGUAAGAUUACAAUCGUGCAGAAAACGAUCAGGUACUACACUGAGAAGUCAAGGACCAAUGCUGCUGAGAUCGAGAGGCAGUGGAGGAAAACGAUUGAGCUACUUAAACAAAAGAUCUUGCAGUUGAAUGAUGAUGAAAACAACAAAGAACUUACCAAAGAGAUUUUGGAGCUGCAGGGCGAGGUGAUGCGGCUGACGGGAUUAAGGAUGACGGCCCAGGAGACACUGGAAAUCAAACUUAAAGAGGUUAGAGAAGAUCUAGAGGUGACCAAGAAGCGGGAGCAAUUCCUACAGAAACAGUUGCAGGAUGCAGACUACGCCCUGGCACAGCAGAUCAUGAAAAUCAUCAUGAUUAUGGAGGAGCUGAGAGAGCAGAGCCAGCUCACGUCAACAGGUCAAACCCGAGACGUUUUGACUCAGCUUCAGGCCUAUAAGCAAGACUAUGCCAAAGCUCAGACGGAAAUCACGGACCUGCAGCAAAAACUGCGACAGUUACAAGAGGCCUGUUCUGGACCUGAGGGAAAAUAUAACAGUGUGAAGGUUGAGUUAGAGCAGAAGAUUGCAGAACUGAAUCAAACUGAGGACUCCAGCGCAGCUCUCAUUUUGAGUUUGAUAAACCUCCAUGGUGAACUAAAGGCUCUAAAGAAACAGAUCUCAACUACAGACGAUGCAGACAUGAUUUCAAAGCUGCAGAAGCAACUGCAGGAGAAACAAAAACACCUGGACUCGAAGGCUGCAGACAUAAGCAGACUGACUGCCAGCCCACAACUAAUUUUAAAGAUCAUUGAGCUGCAGAAUGACAUACGGGACCUUCACAACAACGACAGCAAUGACAACGCUGAAGAAAUAAGUGAGUUACAAAACAGAGUUAAUGGUCUCCUCACUGAAUUAGACGACAGAAGCCCAGACAGCACAAAACUGAUUAUUCAAAUCUUGACGCUCCAGAGUCAGGUGGAGUAUCUGCGGAGACAGCUGUCAAAGUCUGAGGUGGCACCAAACACAAGUGUAACCGAGCUCAAAAAUGAACUUGCGUCCAAGGAGAAAGAGCUGCAGCAACAUGUUAGCGAGCUGAAGGAGAAGAACCAGACAAACGCCAAUUUGAUUCUGAGCAUCACUGAUCUGGAACACCAACUCAGGAAAAUUGAAAGAGAAAAGCAAACCGAGGACAAAGCAGCUUCUGCUACAAUAUCUAAGCUGAGGAAAGAACUGAGCCUCAAGGAAAAGGAGCAUGAUCGUGAUCAGGCUUUGAUCAAAGCUCUACAAAACAGUGUGAACGAGACAGAGGUGCAGUGCUCUGCACAUGAGCAGAAAAUUACAGCUCUGCAGAAUGAACUGGAUACCAAACUGGAGGAACUGAAGUCCAAAUCUGACACGGUCACUUCACUUGCUCUUCAGGUUUCCACAUUAUCGGGGCAACUGGCAGAAUUGAAACAGCAACUUCAAGACUCUCCACCCAAAUCCAAGCUAGAGGAGCUGCAGAGAAUUAUAGAUGAAAAGAGUCGAGAGCUGGACACGAAAAAGGAUGCGCUGAAAGAACGGAGUUCUCAAGCACAAAGGCUUCUGCAGAUUAUUUUGCUGCAAGUAGAGAUUGCGAAACUGGGAAAUGAGGCGGUGAAUGAUACAGAUUUUGCCAAUAUUGCAGCACUCCAAGACCAUCUCACAUACUUGAUUGAUGGAAUUAAAGACUCAAAGAAUGAAACCACAAAACUGACAUUUCAAAUCUUGUCUCAGCAAGAUGAAAUAUUCAGACUGAAGAAGCAGCAAGAUAGUCAGCUGAAAGAACAAGCCAAGCGAAUUAAAGACCUGGAGGACGAACAAGAGUACAUCAGAAGUCAGAUACAAGAAAAAACCAGGUUGUUGAAUAUGAGGGAUGUGAGGAUUGCCAAUCUGUCUGCUGACAUCAUGGAACUUCACAAGAAGAUCCAACCGCUGACGGACGAAGUAUCGGACCUCAAAGAGACAUAUGAUGGGAACCUUGCAGAACUGCAAGAACGACUCAAUUUAACAAAGAGUCAACUGCAAGACUGUGAACUCCAACUGCAGCAUGCUGACGCAAAGAACUUCAAAUUAACAAUGACCAUCACCAAUCUGAGGAUGGAGUUGAAGAAGGCCAAAAAAGAGGCAUCCAGAAAUCCUAAAAAGAAUAUCGCUGACCUGGAACAACAGCUUGAAACCCAAAAAAGCCAGAACAGGAAUCUUGAAAGCACAAACAAGGGCUUAGAGCAACAGGUCAGAGAGCUGGACAUGUGCUGCACAGUCAACAACCAAUGUGAAGACGUGCAAAAAAAACUGCAGCAGAGCCAAGAGGAUGCAGAUAGCCUCCUUCUGCAGCUGCAGGAGAAGGAUGCAGCUCUAAAAAAGUCGCAGCAGGACUUUGAGAGACUGGGCCGUGACAAAGCCAAACUGCAAGAGAACUACAACAAUCUCUUGAAGAAGCAGGGUGAUGUGGACGAUAGGAUGAUCUUUCCCUCAAGUAUAACUCUGGAUCCAGAUACUGCACACCCGAGACUAGUGCUAGGUGAGGGUAACACCGCGGUAUCCACCACUAACAACGUGCAAAAUGUCCAGGACCUUCCAGGCAGAUAUGACGUGAGUCUCGCCGUCUUGGGCACCACCGGCUACUCCAGUGGCCGACAUUACUGGGAGGUGUCGGUAGCCGGAAAGAUCUGCUACCACCUUGGGAUGACCAGCGAAUCUGCUCGGAGAAAGGGGUCGCUGUCAUUCAAGCCAGCGAAUGGUUUCUGGACUAUAGUCCUGGACAAACAGGGUCAGCUCAAAGCUAUUGAUAGGAAAGCUGUUGUUCUUGCCUCACAGACGCAACCCCUCUCACUGGGCGUCCUGUUAGACUACAGCAAGGGAUCCAUUUCCUUUUAUGAUGCAGGCGACAGAACUCACAUGUACACUUUUUCAGGUCAGACGUUUACCGACAAAAUGUAUCCAUUUAUCAAUUAUUGUGUUGAAGAUGUCCAAAAUCCAAGUCCAAUAGUUUUAGUUCCACCCGGAUCCACUGACUGGAUACAAUAAGUACCGGUAACGUGAUAUGCUUGUUCACUUUGAAAUCAAAUGUAUGUGCAUCAAUAAUCAACAGCUCAGUUAAUAAACUUGUAUCAAAUGUAAAAGAAAAUGUUAACACAUUUCUGUGAUUAUCGCUUGUGUUUUUCAUACAAUAAAAGUUUCAGUA